GGGCCUCCUCCUCCGAGCCGGCUCAGCCUCCACACAGGGACCCUGGGGGUGGCCCCCGGCCCCCCUUCCCUCCGGCCGGCGCCUUCCCUAGACGGCGGGUCCCUUUCGGGGCGUCGGCCCGCUCUCCCUCCAGGUUAACCCUCCCCCCGGCCUGGUCCCGACACCCCCCACCCCGAGGAGCCAGGCCUGGCCCAAGCCCCCCUCGUCCUUACCAUGGAGGCUGUGUACGUCGUCGUGAACGGGGCGGGCCUGGUGCUGGACGUGCUGACCUUGGUGUUGGAUCUCAACUUCCUGCUGGUGUCCUCCCUCCUGGCCUCGCUGGCCUGGCUCCUGGCCUUCCUCUACAACCUGCCGCACACGGUACUGACGAGCCUCCUGCACCUGGGCCGGGGCGUCCUGCUGUCGCUGCUGGCCUUGGCGGAAGCGGUGGUGCGGGUCAUCUCCGGCGGCUUGCAGGCCGUGUGCACCCUGCUUUACAGCUGCUGCUCCGGCCUGGAGAGCCUAAAGCUCCUGGGGCACCUGGCCUCGCACGGGGCGCUGCGGGGCCGGGAGAUCCUGCACCGGGGUGUGCUCAACGUCAUCGCCAACGGCCACGCGUUGCUGCGCCAGGCCUGUGACGUGUGCGCCAUCGCCAUGAGCCUGGUGGCUUACGUGGUCAACAGCCUGGUGAACAUCUGCCUCAUCGGCACGCAGAACCUUUUCUCCCUGGUGCUGGCCCUGUGGGAAGCCGUGACGGGCCCCCUGUGGAGGAUGACGGACGUGAUGGCCGCUUUCCUGGCCCACAUUUCCAGCAGUGCCGUCGCCAUGGCCAUCCUCCUUUGGACACCCUGCCAGCUAGCCCUGGAGCUGCUGACCUCCGCCGCCCGCCUCCUGGCCGGCUUCGUGCUCGUCAACCUCACUGGCUUGGUGUUGCUGGUUUGCGUGCUGGCGGUGACGGUGACGGUGUUGCACCCGGACCUCAUCUUGAGGCUGGCCACCAGAGCCCUCAGCCAGCGCCACGCGCGCCCCUCCUACCACCGGCUGCGGGAGGAUGUCCUCCGGCUGUCUCGCCUCGCGCUCGGCGUGGAGGCCUGGCACCGGAUUUGGAGCCGAAGCCUACAACUGGCCAGCUGGCCGAACCGGGGAGGGGCACCUGGAGCCCCCCAGGGUGGCCCUAGGAGGGUGUUCUUCGCCAGGACCCAGGGACAGGACACUCCUCCUGAAGGGGGGCCCCACAGAGCAGAUGCGGAAGAGGAGGAGGGGACGGCCAUCCGAAACGCACCUGCGCGGGGCCGGGAGCGGCUCAAUGAGGAGGAGCCCGCCGCCGGGCAGGACCCGUGGAAGUUGCUGAAGGAGCAAGAGGAGCGCAAGAAGUGCGUCAUCUGCCAGGACCAGAGCAAGACCGUGCUGCUCCUGCCUUGCCGGCACCUGUGCCUGUGCCAGGCGUGCACGGAGAUCCUGAUGCGCCACCCCGUCUACCACCGCAACUGCCCGCUCUGCCGCCGCGGCAUCCUGCAGACCCUCAACGUCUACCUCUGAAAGCGACUCUGCCCGCCCACCCUCCCCGCUCCACGCAGAAACCCCCGGGUUCUGGCCUGGCUCACCCCUGUCCCUGUGGCUGCCCGGCGAAGCGUCAAGCCAUAGGUGGAGAUGGGGUACCCUGGAACACGGCGAUCUGGGUGGGGCAGGUUACAUGGGUCCCUUCAUCCUGAGGGUGGUGAUAGUUCACUAUGCAAGGGUUCCGAGACCGUCCCCAGCGGCCUCUCCUUCAGCCUGCCCCCAAGCCGCACCCAGAGGUCAGCUUCUGGGGCCAUCCUGUUUGCUUCCUGUUUGUUUCUUUUUCUCUGUUGGGGAUUUGCAGUUCUUUCCCAGCCUCCUUCCCCGCUUUCCUCCUAGCUUCUGCAGCCACAACCCAUCAUCAUUUGUGUCACUUGUGUGUUUUGAUAACUUAAGGGCCUUGGGAUGGUCUUGAACUUUCAGCCAGAAUCCCUGUGUCCUGGUAGGUUUGGGGGUAGACUCAGGUGCUCUUGAGAGCCACUUCUGCCUGUCACGAUCUGAUGAGACUCCCUCCAAACUCAAUCCAAAAGCUGGGGUCAGUGUUCUUUUAUGAUGUGUAUGUGUGUGUAUGUGUGUACCUGUGUAUGUAUGUAGUUGUGUGUGCUCGUAUGUGUGUGUGCACCUGGCUUUGGGACCAUACACCCUGGGGUUCCCUGACUCCAAAGGGAACCUCAGGAGGAAUAACCAAAUUUCUACUCAUUCCGUCUCACUCCCCACCUGGCAUAGAAAAAUGGCAUUUCUCUUUGUCUCUCCCUGUCAGUGGGGAGGGCAGGCUGCACAUUUCACUAGGGUCCAAAUGGACGGGGCCAGUUUCUGAUGAAUAAAGUUCUGUUGACAGCUC